AUGCUUAUAAGAGCGUUUGAGGUCACCCACUUAAUAACAUUAUACAUUUUAUUGAAAUCACUUGGGUUUCUGUGGAAACCCAAGGACAUAAAGGCAAAAGGUUUGAGCAUGAGGAAAAAGGACUACAACAAAAUGGUGCAACUACAUCUAUUCGUGGACUUUGAAAUAGAAACAAGGCUUGCCAUUGCCCUUGGUGCUGAUGUGGGACAGAGCCAGUGUAUAUGUACAGAAGUUGCGAGAAUGUUGACCGACCUUACAAGAAAAAACGAAGUAGGGUUGUGCGUUUGGACUAGCAAAGAGUUCCACCAGUACCAGGUUGUUGGGAGGAAGCUCCCUACGGCAUCUAUUGAGCACCCUAAGAUUUACCGAAUGAAGCUCUGGGCCACCAAUGAGGUUCGCGCCAAGUCCAAAUUCUGGUAUUUCCUUAGGAAGCUGAAGAAGGUCAAGAAGAGCAAUGGCCAAUGGUUCCUCCUCAACUCUCCUCCUGGCUUAAUCCAAUUUGUUGCCAAAGUGAUAGGACUUUUGGUUAAAUCCCAAGCAGGAAAUGCAUUCUUUGCCAUAGUUCCCGGACAGGUCCUCUUGGCUUCCCUUGAUGCUAUCAAGUUAAAACCCCUGCAAAGGACAAGAAAGAACAGAAGCCACCUCUGUAGCAAAGCCAUCAAGAGAAAGAUCCCCUUCCAACAUACAUCAAGGCAGAAAAUCCCCUUCCACCACCCAGUAGCAUAUAUAUGGCCGGGUGUGGCAUUGCUGCCUGAACAGGACACAUUGAUCAGCCCAAACUAUCAACUGGCAAUCCCAAAGAAACAAUCUGCUCAAGCAGUGGAAGAAAUGGAGGAAGAUGAGGAACCUGCUGAACCCAAUCCGCCCCAGGAACAGAAGCCUAUCCUUUCCCCUUGCUAA